GAUAAUCAAGAUGCGAACAAGCGACGACACGUCAGGAAGGAGUGAAUCUUCCAAAAUAUCUCCGCCCUUGAAAACGGGUUCUCUUCUUCAGUUACUUUGUAAAUUCAAUGGAGGAUGUACACCUGAAUCAUUGCACAUCGAAAUGAGAAAAAGAUACAACGAAAAUUUACAACACAUACAAACACUUACAAGCAUGACAAAUGAAGAUAUCGCAACCGCGGGAAUUGGACAACGUGAAUUUUCUGAUGGAAAACCUGGAAAGAAGUAUUUAGUUACAAAUCAUUUGCGUCAUAUUCAGUUUGAAGUAUAUCCAAGUAAAUUAACAAUUAUGGGCGCUGAUCGUGUGUUUGCAUUGCGUGGAUACCUACGUGUGACUAUUAGACAAUAUUUUUAUGUUCGGCAUCACAUAGAUCUCAUCUAUCCCCAGCUACCUUUGGUAUGCGUUUUUGGCGGAAGAAACCACCAAUAUUUCUACCCUAUUGAAUGCUUAGACUAUGUAGACUUUGAAGAACAGAAAAAUUAA